UGAGGCUACAGGCGGGUGUUUGAGGAGUACAUGCGGGUUAUUAGCCAGCGGUACCCAGACAUCCGGAUUGAAGGGGAGAACUACCUUCCUCAACCUAUAUAUAGGCACAUAGCAUCCUUCCUCUCUGUCUUCAAACUAGUGUUAAUAGGCUUAAUAAUCGUCGGCAAGGAUCCUUUUGCUUUCUUUGGCAUGCAGGCGCCGAGCAUCUGGCAGUGGGGCCAAGAAAACAAG